AUGAGUGUCGCGCCGGUCGUUCACGAGCCGCUUCAUCUUCGAGUCAACGAGGUGCCGCCAUGGUCGGCGGCAUUGAUGUUCGGAUUCCAGCAAGCGAUGCUGUGCCUGUCAGGUCUGCUGGUAUACCCAUUCCUUGUCUCCGAGGCCGUCUGCGCCGGUUAUGUGUUCUACACGGUCCAGCAAUGGCCUUUCCUUCCUCCAUUAUUAGCCUACAAGGCGUUACGAGCAAGUGAAUGUCCAUAUACGGAGCACGACUAUGUGGACGUGGAACUUUGGCAAGGGAGACUUCAAGAGAUCUCUGGCAGUUUAUGCGUGGCGUGCCUCACGUUUCUUGUCAUUGGCGGCACGGGAUUGGCCGGCACACUUGCGAGGCUCAUCGGACCGGUGACCAUCGUGCCGUUAAUGAUUCUUCUGACUACCAGUAUUGUGCCGACUAUUGAAAGUAAACUAUCUCUCCAUUGGAUCUCACUCGUUAUGCUGGCCAGUGUCUCAGCGAUGGCGGUAUAUUUGGAGGAAGUUCGUGUACCAGUUCCUUACUAUUCAUUCAAUAAGAUGCGAGUAAUAAUAACCAGACUUCGACUAUUUGGACAAUUUCCUGUAAGUUUUAGCCUCUUCGAAUCGGGCAUUCAUAAUAAUCCAUGUAUUAUUACGACAAAUAUCUCCGAUACUGAUAGUACCUACUCAGCAGUGUUCCGUUGCUGGUGUGGUUUAUUUGCUACCUCGAUGACGGUAACCGAUUUGGCGCACGUGGAUGACAGCCGACCGAUUAAAAAUGUGACGAUGAUGGUUCUCAAAGAGUCACCAUGGUCAAUUUGGCAUGCCGAAAUGCGAGCAUGGACUGAUGUCUUGGAUAUGUGGCGUCAUGUUUAUUCGAGCAGUUAUUUGAGAAUACAUUGGGAGCUUAGCGAUCUUUUGGCUCGAGUCUCACAACAGAAGGCGCCUCCAAAGAACGCUGUCAAUCGCGCCAUAAUGGUCGAAGGUCUCGGCAGUAUGUUUGCGUCAGUGAUGGGAGUGUGUACAGGUGUCACAACGUACGCGGAAAACAUCGCUCUGAUUCACGUUACCAAG